AGGAACUAAAACGCAUUUUAUUGAGAAGAAGAAAGAUAGGAGUAGUUCAUCUGCCGUUACCAACACCCCACAGAGCGUAGCGGGGUCAGACAACCCGGCUGAAAAUGGCAAUAGUUCCAACGGGGGUGAUGCAGCACCCGCUCCCAACACAGCCGUGCAGCAGGUCAGUAACAGCCAAGCACCUAAAAGUAGUCCUGUACGGAUGCCUCGAGUGCUGUCACGCAAAACAACCCAUCAGCAUGCCGAGGCGCAUAGUAAUCCGGAAAGUGCACAGCCUCUGUUACAGGUUACAGCCCACUCAGAGAAUGGUGGCGUGUCUCCAACAGAUGAGGGUAUUGUAACUGAUGAAGGCAACGUUGAUACAGCUACUGAAUCCAAGGGUAAACUGAAGGCGAAAGAAAUCGAGGACCAGCGUCUAGUCCGCUUCAUGAAACAGGUGAACGAGGAGAACAGCGGUUACCUCACGUCAGCCCCGAUUCACAGAUGCAUGCUAAGUUUUACACAACAGGACGUUGAAAAGAUGUACCGGGAACAAUUUAAACCGCGGACCUUACAUAGGUUUCUUGAUGAUCACGGUGCAGAACAGCAGAUGGAAGCGCAAGAGCGACCAACCUCAAGACGGCUUUCAAGCGAGACUAUCUCAACGACAAAAUAUAACACGUUAUUUGAUGUUGGUAUGGGAUUCUUAGUUUAUUUGUUCACAUCAGUUGGAUGUUUUCUCGUGUUUGACGUGCAAAUACAGUGGGUGAUUAUCUUUGUAAUUGGCAGUAUUCUUCAACUGUGUGUAUUUAUUACAGUUUUACAGGAAGCAUUCUCAACAUCUAGAACUCAAUGUCAUUCUUGCGCAGUAAACUUCUUCCAUAGUUGGUAUCCGCGUCAUAUUCUUGGUGUAAUUUUAAUCAGUUUACCAUCCGUUGCUGUUUACACCAACGUGCAAUGCAUACAGGAAGAUUUAAUAUCGCAGCCAUUUUACUGGUUUAUGACGACAGUGGCUAUCCUUCACUAUUGUAAUUUCGUUCAGCUCAGCUCGUGGACAAAAACCGGUAUUGCUUUGCUGAGUGGCGUUACUCUGAUCAUCAUAUCCAGUGUUGAACAAUGUAAUUAUAAUGAGUUAUGUGCAAAUGCGACGGAAAGUUGGCAGGAAGACCCAGACCUCUACAUCUGCAAUAAGUCUGAGCCUAUCAUUGUUCUGCUUCUUCUUGUUCUACUUGUCUUCUUCUUAAAUCAUCAGUUUGAAAUCAGCUUUCGCUUAAACUUUUACGGAGGAGUGCAAGCCUCGGAAGAUAAAGGAAAAAUUCAAGAACAGAAAAACAAAGCUGAGGAACUGCUCCACAACAUUGUUCCUAAAUUUGUGUACGAAAGUUUCAAGGAAACAGCCUCGUCAAAAUAUUCUAAAAACCAUGAAGAUGUUGGAAUUAUUUUUGGUAGCAUUAUCAACUUCAACGAGUUUUACUCAGAGAUUUAUGCUGACGGUAUCGAGUGUAUCCGUAUUCUUAACGAAAUGAUAAGUGAUUUUGACACGCUGUUAGAACAGUAUCAAUUCAGGGAUGUUGAGAAGAUCAAAACCAUUGGUUCGACUUACAUGGCAGCGUGCGGUCUUCAUGUAUCAAAGCCGGAGCAUGAAAGAAGUUUCAAGUACGAACAUCUUCAAACAUUGAUGGAAUUUUCAUUGGAAAUGCAGGAAUGUGUCGCACGCUUCAAUAACGAUAGUUUAAGCAUGACAAUGGGUGCGUUUGAGUUCAUCCUUCGUAUAGGUUUCCACCACGGAAGCAUCAACUCGGGGGUUAUUGGGACCACAAAGCUCUUUUAUGAUAUUUGGGGUGAUGCCGUGAACAUCGCUAGCCGUAUGGAUUCAACUGGUGUGCCCAAGAAAAUCCAAGUUGCCGAAGAGACUGUGAAAGAACUUAACCAUCUGUUUGACUUUGAAUACAGAGGAAAAAUAACGGUUAAGGGAAAAGCUCCAAUGCAUACAUUCUUUGUGGUAGGGAAGCGAAGUGAGCCUCUGUCAUCUCCAGUACCUGUUGAGAUACCGGAGACAAGCAAGUAGUUAUAAGUUUGUCGUAUGAUUAUUCUUAAGCUUGUCAUGCAUGAGUGGAUUCAGAAAUGACAGGUUUGAUAAAGUACCUACCAAUCCUUUGGACCAUUUGUCUUUGCACAAAACUAAAUCCCCCUCCCCAUUUUAAAUAUCUGAAUCUAGUGCUUUAGUAUAGUAGACAAAAGUGUGGUUUUUAUUUUGUUUUUUUAUGAUCCAUACAGUUGGCAUACAGGUUUUUGAAACAGAAUCUGUGGCUUCAUCGUUCUAGUAAAUUUGGCUUGUUUAUGAAUUUUGAUAUCUGCUUGUAAAAUUGUCUAAAAUCUUAAUCAACUUAAUAUAGUGUGAGUGAUGUAAUUAUAUCAGUUCUUAAUAUUUAACUUUCUUAUCAUUUAUCAGUAAUACUAUUUUGCACAUAGAGUUGUUAAUAACUCGAAAUGAUUUUGAAAUUGUAAAUAUGGGCGUGGUUAGAGCACCUAUCAAAGUUUGGUUUUUCGAUUUAUAAAGUUUGAGACAAUUUCUAAACACAUCUUAUAAAAUCUUAUACUGACCAAUUUCGAAUGUGUUAUUCAGUAGGCUGGGGACAAGAA